UGCCCUCAGCGCCGGGUACAACGGAGCACGUCUCAGUACGGACGAGCCGUCCAGUCCACUCGCCGCGCCGACCACUUUCCUCUGCUUUGCUAGCGCGCCACCGUAAAACCCUAGACCCCAGCACCUGCAGCGGCGCCGCAACAGUUCAUCACCAACGCCGCAGCCCGCAGGCGCACGCGCGAACCACUACACCCAGCUGGCCUUGAUGGCAUCCGCCGCGUCGCCGUCGUGGGUCAUCCUGGGCACCGUGCCGCGGGUGACGACGGCCGCCACCGCCGACGACCUCCCUCCGGGCACCGACCUCUCCCUCGCGCUCAAGGCGCCCCCGCGCGUCGCGAUCCUCACCAUCCCCCCGCGCAUCUUCCCGGGCCGCACCACCCCCGCCAACUUCCCCUCCGUCGUCGCCGUCGACGCCUCCGGCCUCAUCCUCCUCAAAGCCGACCAGGGCCCCGCCACGGGCCCCACCGUCAUCCACACCCCUAGGCGCCGCCAGUUCGGCUGGCGCCCGACCGUCGCGGGCUACUUCAUCCUCGACGCCACGACCGCCGCCUCCCUCCCGCUCCCCAAACCCGAGCUCAUCCUGCACGUGGGCCACCUCGGCCUCGUCUCCUCCCCGGGGGGCGGCGGCCACUACAUGGUCGUCGAGCUCCAGCCCAUCCUCGGCGGCGACACUGCCCAACUCCUGCGCUUCUCGUCCGACGUCGGAGAGUGGGUCAGCAAGGCCAUCCGCUACCCGCUCCCGUACCGGAUGCUGUCACCCGACGGCGUCGUCUCCUACUACGGGAGGGCAUGGUGGGUCGACCUCUCCUGGUGCCUCCUCACCUGCGACCCCUUCCAGGACGAGCCCGUGCUCAGGGUCGUCCCGCUGCCGCCGGGCAAGGUGCUCAGGUGCAGGGAAGCCUGGGGAGUGCUCGACAAGUACCGCUGCGUGGGUGUAAGCGCCGGCAAGCUCAGGUUCGUGGACAUGUACCGUAGAAGCCGCGGCCCUGCGCAGAUCAGCGUGUGGACGCUCGCCGACCCGGACUCCACGGAGUGGACGCUGGAGUACGAGGCCACCUUUGCGGAGAUCUGCGACGACGCCAGCUACAAGGCGACUGCUCUGCCGAGGAAGGUCCCGGUGCUCGCGCUCAUCCACCCCACCAACCCCGACGUGCUCUACUUCUUCCUCGACAAGUACCUGUUCGGCGUCGACGUGCCUGCCCGCAAGGUCGUGGAGUGCGAGGUCUACCACCUGGUUGAGCCGCCCAGGGAGCUCGUCGCCACCCGUUUCGUUCAUGCUUGGCAGCUACCACGGGCUCUCUGCUCAGGUUCAGCAAAGGAGACUGACAAUGACGUGAGUGAAGAGCUGCAGCAACUCCAUCUAUGAGUUGAAAUGAGGAACAAGAGCUAAAGUUAACUUCUUAAGAGGCAGGGAAGUAAUCGAUCAAGUUAUGGUGGAUAGGGUCCAAUGCUCAGUAACAACCGGUUGGCAAUGGCGUUAUUGUCGAAAACAUGUUGGAAAUUUUGCAUGCUUUUCUUAAUUAUCACUGCUUAAGUUUCUCUGCUCAAGUUCAGACGUUAGUUGUUCAUGACUUCAGGUCCGGCCUGUAUAAUUUAGCACUAUGUUUGAUGCAGAAUCUUGCUUUAGAACUUUUUUCGGUAAAGUGAAUCUAUUAAUAUUAAUUAAAGAUGAAUUAUAUCUAGUAAGCUCUUAA